AUGUAUCCUGUGCAGCGGCACGGCAUAGCAGACAUGUGCAUUCCAAAAGGAGCGUCGGCGGGCCAAAGACUUGGCGACACCUCGGGACAGCGGCACGGGGCUCGGGGUUGGCGGCCGGUUCCGGAGCUGGCCGGAACAGUGACCGGCCGGCGUGAAUGCAGUACCUCGGCGGAAAAAGGGCAGCAAGUAACAACGGGGAAACGGGCUGUUCCGAGGGGUUCCGGGCGUCCCAAGUUGGGGAAAAGCUUGGCCAACGUCGGGGGUCUCCGGGGAGCUGUGGGUGGCGCUGGUGGCGGCGAUAGGUGGCCGGAGGCGGCGGUUCCAAGCUGCACAAAACCGGUGCAAGAAAAACGGGGCGGUUUCAAAAACAGGGGAGGUGAUCUCUCGGGCUGUUCGGAGCUCUACGGGCUGCGACCAACCUCCGGUGGCCUUGGGGGAAGAUGUGUGGUCGAGGGUGGUCGCUCGGGGUGGUUUGGGGUGGCCGGAAUCGGCGGAGGGCGCCGGAACAGAGGCGGUGGUUGGGCGACGCAAAAACAGGGCGGGUGGGUCGCCGGGGCUGUUCUGGGGCUGAAUCGCGGCUCUGCGGCGGCUCACGGCGGUGGGGUGGCUUUCGGAGGUAGAGAGGGAGAUGGGAUGGUGGUAGGUGGCGGUCGGAAGCGGCUCGGGGCGGCCGGCGCAGCCUUGGGCAGCCCGAACCCGAAACAGAGCGGGGACGCGGGGGCUUCUGGUGGCUGCUCGCGGCGGCGAACGGCGGCGGGCGAGGCGGAGGCGGAGCGGCGGGCGGAGGUGGCUGGAGGUCUCGUGGUGGUGGUUGGGGUGUUGGUCGCACAAAAAUGA